AUGCCGACCUGCUUCCCCGCUCGUGCGCAACAAUGCGCGCAUCCCUUUCAAAGCGCGUGCGUCCGAAUAAGCGUCGCCGCCGCCGUUGCGCGCGCCCUCACCCCGACGCGCUGUGCUUCCCUCCCCCUUCCCCCGCUCUCCCUUGCGCGCGCGCACGCCCGUCGCCGCCGCACGUAUGGACAGCGCUCGAGACCCCGCCGCGUUCUAGUCGCGUGGCGGACGCUUCCCCGCCGCGACCCGGCUUGCAGCAGCAGCGGGAUGGGAAGCUGGGGCGCACUGUUCUCGCCGCUGACAGAGCGUGGCGGCGGCGGGGCGCAGUCUAGACAAACUCAUAGAACAUCUUUCGUCGUCUCUACUCUCGCUCCUACUUAUCCGUCUCGCUUAUCCGUCUCGCUGCUGGCUGUGAUCAGACAGCUUAUCGCGGUGGGUCUGUCACUGGAGGCCGCAUGUGUUACCUGUGCCGGCCAGGACACUUUUCCCUUUUGCCCAGUGCUUUUCUCUCCCAGUAACCGAUGCCCCUUGCAAGGACGGUGUUCGUAA